GCAUAGCGUUGUCCCUCCUCGCCGUCCAUCUUGGAGAGUAUUACGGAGCGUGGCUUAAUCGGCAAAGAAGUUAUCCUAAAAUAUGUUUUCUUGCAGUAAAUUUACCUCCCCAGUCGCUAGGAGUAUUGUUGGCAAUGGUCGCGCACUAUCGCGGCCGCUCUCUACGGCCAUUCGUCCCCAGUCACAAGCUUUGGCAAUGAAUGUUCAAUCCACGCCAAAGAAUAUCUUUAAUUUGUCUCGUGCUGUUGUGUCAAGUCAUUUUCCUAGUAUCCAAAAAGAUAAUGUUCAAAUGAAGGCUUUCCCUUCCUCUCCCAUGUUAUCUGUGGCCUGCCGAGGCUUUCAGACAAGUUCUCAGGUACAGGAUGUUGAUUCUGCUGCUAAAUUCAUUGGUGCUGGAGCAGCUACUGUCGGUGUUGCAGGUAGUGGAGCUGGUAUUGGUACAGUGUUUGGCAGUCUGAUCAUCGGUUAUGCCAGGAAUCCUUCCCUGAAGCAACAGCUCUUCUCAUACGCCAUUCUUGGCUUUGCUUUGUCUGAAGCUAUGGGUCUUUUCUGCUUGAUGAUGGCAUUUUUAAUCCUGUUUGCCUUGUAAACUGUACACCCAAUCUAGAAGUGAUGAAUUCCUGCCAUUAUUUUUAGUGAAUGGCUUUCUGGAAGGGCUGUUGUGUGUAUGUGCUAAUUUUAUUUUGUGAACAAAUAACUGUGAUGGUCUGAAAUAAAGCACCUUGUGUAAACUUU